AUAACCUUGUCUAGAUUUUUUACGAUGAUGAAAUUUCGACACUAUUUUUACACAAUCAGAUUUCAUGUCCUUGAGUCUGUGUAACACACAGAGAGUUGCAUUUACCACUGAGGUGGUGUUCUGGUUGAAACAUGUGUACAUACGUAGCACAUCAAUUAAACUGGCGGUCCCACGUGGUCAUCACAGACGACAACGUUCUAUCAUUCCUGAUUAAAAUGCCUUCAGCUACGUGAUACACAUACCUUGUUUCACAAUUAUUAGAAUAAAAUCCAUGCCACGCGACUAAUAGUUUAGAUAUAUCAAUCCCAAAUUCGUAAGAGGAUGGCGGUGUUGCAAAAAUGGCAGAAUACAACACGCAUUCCUUAUGAUUCUUUGAUCGGAACUUUCUUUGUCGUGGAGUGUGUAAUCGUCGGUCCCAUCAUCCUUGGAAAUCUCCUCAUCAUCAUCAGCUUGCUAAGAUUUCAUCGUCUUCGUAAACGCAUUUACAUUCUGAUUGGAAACCUUGCGGUGUCGGAUCUCCUCAUUGGUCUCGUUUUCAUUCCGUAUGACCUCGUGUUUCUUUCAAAUUUAGAACUUGCUCGUCAGAAGUAUUUUUGCUUGAUUCGCCACUCUUUGUCCGAUAUGCUUCUCGGGGCAUCCGUUAUGAAUCUUUUUGCUAUUUCGUUCGAGCGGUAUAUGGCUGUCGUGCAUCCUCUUAAGCACACCGUGAUAUGUUCCUGGCAGGCUAUAUCGAUAAUUGUCGUAGCUUCUUGGCUCUUGUCGAUACUUCUAGCCUCGCUUCCAAUUCUCGGCUGGAACCAAUGGGAAGAUAACAUUCCAUGUGAUAUUGAAUUGAUCUGGACUAAAGCAUACAAGAGUAUAAUGUUCAUAUACUUUGCUUCAUCUUUGAUUGUGAACUUUUUUAUGUAUGUCAAAGUUGUGCGAACUGCUUGGAGACAGUUCAAAACCUGCGACAAGCCGACCCGGGGACCCAGUGACCGCACUAGAAUAACCAACCGGUCCUACAGAAAGACCAAGAUCAUGAUUCUGCUGCUCGGGGCCUUCGCUAUCUGUUGGGGUCCCUAUCUGCUCCUCGUUAUAUUCGAUGCAUUAUUCCUGGAAGACAGUAACACAGUGGCAACCGUCCGGAAAUUUCUGUCAGUGAUGGGUUUGGUAAACUCGGGACUCAAUUGGAUAAUUUUUGGACUGAAAAACAAAGAUUUCCGGAAAGCCUUCGCUUAUCUGCUACGAUGUGGAAUUGGUGUGAGCGAAGACAGUCUGGCGGUAUCUAGUUCAAACACACCAGUUUAAUCCUGUUUAAACAUUUCAAUUUAUAGACGGCUCGUAUUUUGGUAUGGUGCAGUGCGAUUUGGAUGUGAAUUCCUUCUUUGAUUACAACUGCAAUACUGAAAAUACUGGACAGGUGUAUUUUGCAACUUGACUGAGUGUAGCUCGCGUUAAGAUGUCUGUCCGUUGUACGUCAUCAUACAACGUCAGUUCCUUGUACAGUUCCACCAUAUACGUGAGGAAAAGGGUCAUAUAUGGCGCCCAUUUUGAGAAGUCCUCGUGGACAAUUUAAUGUAGGUCAUUAUCUAAUAACCCAGAUCAUGUCCAUCUCAAAAGAAGUGCCAAUUUUAACACGUGACAUAGUCGAAGGUCACUGGAAGGUCGCAAAGUAGAAUAAAAGUUUUAAAAUGUCACUUUUGACCAAAAAUUUGAAACAUUUAUUGCUUCUGAAAAUACAGAACACACGCUUGCCUACCUCUCAAACUACAUGUAAUAUACACCAACAUCAACUGCAGCUUAGGUGUAAUAAAGUUAAUAGGCAAACUAUGAAAGCAAAAUAUAUGUGAAAUUGUAAACAACAUAUACUAAUAUGCCGUUUUCUUCUGAAACCAUAAAUGUGCUAAAAUCUAUGACAAUCUAGUGACUUUAAACGCUUAACAUUCAUGAUCACGAUUAUAUAUUUUUACUAUUAUAUUGACAUUAAAAGCUUUUACGGUUUUAGGUCCGUUUUGAGAUUUAAGUGAAAGUGGGGGCCGCAUAGGGCCCUUAUCCUACCUUACCCUUUGUUGGACAAUGAUUUCAACCUUUGAACUGAACUUCAGAACUUCUACGCGAUGGUUGCGAGAUGCGACGAUGUUCUAUAAUGAUGUCGUUAAAAUAUGUGUAACUUUGAGAAAAAUAAAUAAGGUAAUUAUGUUUAUUUUAAUGAAUUAGA